GACGUGUAUAACGUGUGUAAUCAAGUGGGACAUAUGAAGUUUUAUUAUGAUAUCUUUUAUUAAAGAGACACGACUAAAUGUAAAAAUGUCGUUUAACAUUUUACUCCUCCAAAUCGUAUCUUUUCUAGAUAUGUUUGCUGUAGCCUUGAUUAUUCCACUGGUAACGACCCAUGUGCGAACUCUUGGCGCUGGCCACAUAUACGUGGGAAUUUUGGGCGCAAUAUACCCCGCAUGCCAAUUGGUAUCGGGACCCAUGAUUGGUAGUUUAAGUGACCUCAAAGGGAGGAGAAUGGUACUAUUUAUGACUUUGUUAUUAUGUGCUGUAUGCCAAACCUUUCUGGGUUUUAUUAAUUCACUUUGUUUUAUAUUAAUAGUGCGGGGAAUUUUAGGCUUAUUUAAACAGACUGAUGUAUUGACCAAAGCUCUUGUGCCUGACUAUGAGACAAAUAAAAAGAAGCAAUCAGAAAUAUUUGGCAAAAUAGCUGCCAUGUCUGGAAUUGGUAUGAUCGUAGGCCCUUUUGUUGGAGGACACCUAGCAGAAGGCUUUCCAGAACACGUGUUACCUUUGGUUGCUAUCAUAGUUGGGGGUUGCUUUUCUAUCAGUGCAGGUCUUGUGUACUUGUUACCAAAUUCAAAACAUGACGAGAAGCAAGAAAGUAAGAAAUUAACAUCCAAGAAGAAUAGUUCAACAACUGUAAUCCAAAUAGUACUUAAUGUAUGCAAAGAGACAGUAUUGGAAUUGUUUAAAAUAAAUUGGUCUAAAUAUGGCACAAUAUUUUUAUUUGUAGUUUUGUUAGAUUUUACUAUUUUAUUGCAUUUUUCUAACUAUGUUUAUUAUUUAAAAUCAACAUACGGGCUUACACCUAAGUCUAUUGGUUACAUUAUAUCUUUAAAAGGCCUUAUACGAUCAAUGUCUAGUUAUUUGAUAGGAUUCAUUAAUAGCUAUUAUACAAAAGAUAAAAAAUUUCGCACUAGAAACGCUCAUGCGUUUUUGGCUACAAGUAUGUCAAUGUUAGGAUUUAUUUUUUCUUUUAAUAUUUAUAUUUAUGUUAUUUUCAUGAUACCUCUAGGGAUAAGUGAAGCUGUUGCUAAGUUGGUGUUUUUAGAAAUGGUACUGAAAAGAGGACUUGGUGAACACCGAUCGACCUUGAUUGGUGCCACAAACAGCGUGCGUUCUAUGUCUGGAGUAAUUGCUCCCAUAGUAUCAGGCGUGAUUGCACAAUAUUUAGGUGUACCAUUUGUUAUUUAUGUAGCAUUUUUCAUCAGUUUACUUGGUUCGCUUAUAAGUUACAGGCAUACAAAUAUUGUAAAAGAAGACUGAAAUGUUGU